AUGAAGGGCGUCACAUAUGAAGGAGUUGUUAAAGAGGCUGCCGGGAUCAUUCUAAACACCAAUCGGCCUGGGCAUUAUGGCAGCAUGCAUGUUAACGUCACUGUGUCCAAGAAGCCUGGCAUCGAAUGCAGUACGCUGGUGGAGACGUAUGGUUGGGCUCACUUGAGUGUCGGUGAUGAAACCCGAGACUUUUGGUGGAACCCAGCCCCAAGGAAGGAUGCCUAUGGCCUUGGACAGCUCAUCCAUAUUGCUACUAUCGACUUUGGUUCUAUCCCUGCUGCUAACGCGAAGGCCUCCCCUACCUCGUUUCUUGAGCUUGGUGCUAACAGGGCGAGCCCGAGUUCCUUCUUCCAGUUGUCAGCGAGAUCUACCUCCUCUGGUGGGUCGACUGUGGCUGAGUUGAGGAAGAAGACGGAUGCUAUGGUCAAGAAGUUGAACGCCCAGAUGGCUCAGCUAGAUGUGGAUAUGGCAAAAACUGUUAAAGACGAGAAGGCUGAUGUGGCUAAGUUGGAGAAGUCUCGAGAGGCAUCCGAUAAGAAAAUGGAGCAAUCGGAGCACGAGUUUGAGAAGGAGGAACAGAAGCUUGUGGAAGAUCCAGGGCCGUCUGCCGGAACUUCCUCCUUUAUGGAGUCUUCGAAGGGGCCGGCGUUUUUGGAGCCUCUUAGGAAGGUCGCCAACGAGGCUCGGACGUUUUCGAUGAGUAUGCGGCAGGAGGCGAAACAGUUGGAAGAUCUAGCCAAUAAGAAAUCUCGCACGCUUAAGAAGCACCCUGUGGGAGAAUCUGCAUUCGCGCCUCUCUCGUUGCUGGAGGUGGGCCGGGGUCCCGACGUGCCCGAUUAUGCAGUGGCCAUGAAAGCGGAGAAUGAUGACGAUGCUAAAGUUCAGCAGAGCUUGGCUAAAGCAGAGAAGGCGCUCGCGACGCUCAAGGAGGAUGUGCAGACGCAGUCGACUGAUCUCGCUAAGGAGGAGCGGGCUGAUGCAGUGGCUAGUAGCUUUGUUGAAGGCGAUGGGAAGAAGAAAGUUGAAAAGUCUGGACAGAAAUUGAAUCAAAUCAACAGUGUUGGGGGCACGGCGCUCCUCCAGAGGAAAGGGAAGAAGUAUUUCGAUGACGAUGAUGAUGAUAUGAGCGACGACCUCUCUGGCUCUUCUUUAUCGAUGGUGGAUGAAGACCCUGAUUUCAAGGACGACUCGGGGGCGGAGACUUCGGGAGAUGAUACCGAAGCGGCCGAUGGAGUUUCGGCUGGUUCUGGCGAGGGUGAUUCAUCCUCAUUUGAUUCCUCAUUUUUGGAGGCGAAAGAAAAGAGUCCAAUAAGCCUGGACAGCGAUGAGCUGAGUUCUCGUGAGAGGGAGGCGGCACGACUUGACGAUGCGUUUAAUAGUCAGCUGGCUAAACUGAAAGCGAGCAAUUUGGAAAUGCAGGCGGAGGCGAAGGCUGAGCUUGACAAGGCGUUGGAUGACCAGGCUAAGUUCGAGGCAGAAAACCCGAAUCUGAACACCGACAUUUCCUCGUUGAUGCAAUACGGCACCAACGACCAGAGCGCUUACAAUUUCGAGAAGCACGCAGAUGAGAUUCGUGACCUUAAGAGCAAAUGGGAGAGGGAGGCGAAGCAACUCGAGGUUACGCGGGAUACUUCGGAAGCUGAUGCGGAGUGGCAGAGUAGAUUGGAUGCUCUGAAAGAGCAGAAGCAGGAGAAGGAGGCGAAGCUCGACAAAAUAGAGGAGAAAAUGGCGGCUAGUGUGGCGGCUUUAAAAGAAGAUUCUCAUUCGAUCAGCGAUAUUGUGAAACAGCGCGAGAAGCACACUGGAAAGGAAGAGUCAUUUUUGGAGGUUUCGGGGAAGCAUGGGAGAAGUACGGCUGAGGAAAGUCUUCAUAGAUUGAGCAAUGAAAUUGACGACGACCUGGCUAAGACGCGCGCUGAUGAGCUCACUAUUCGUGAUGAGGAGAAGCAGUUUAAAAACGACGUUCCCAUAUCGACAUUCCUCCAGAGGGAUAACAGCACCACUACUACUACGUCGUCCUCUCCCUCCCCCCAGCCAUCAUUUUUACAGUCGCUCAAGAGUCUCGCCUCUGCUGUUGGAGGGAGCUUCCUCCAGCUGGACGACAAAUCGAUAGAAGCCAACAGUGAAAAGGCUCAGCAGAGCAUUAAUGCGGCGCAAGAGGCGAUUAGUAAACUUAAUACGGACCUUGCGAACCAACAGAGAGUGUUGGAAUCGGAGGAGAGAGAGUUCCAGAAGAGCUCACAGACCCAUCACCCGUUCAGCUUUGAGAUAUCUGAUUCGGCGGCUGCGCCGGUGGACUUGGAUGAGGGCGCCUCCUUCUUGCAGAGGGGCGAAGUGAAGGAGACGCUCACUCCUGAAGUUCUCCAGGAGUGGUAUUCCAAGUUCGAGGAUUCCCUUAAUAAAGUGCGUAUUGAUGCUGGCCUUUCCGAGCUACCCAAGAGCUCUUUCCUACAGAGAGGACUGAACUUCAUGAGCAUGGCGACUAAUGAGAAGCUGAAGAAGGACGAGCGUGACGUUGAGCAUAUGCAGCAUGAGUUUGAUGAUACUUUGGGCAAGCUCAAGCACGACAGCGCUGAUAUCAUGUCCUUUUCUCGAGAGGAGACUGAUGCUGCUAAAGACCUUCAAGCCAAGUUGGAUGCGAGCGUUGGUACGGAGAGUCUCCUCCAGACGGGCGCCGGUGCUCUCCACUACGACCCUGAGAAGGAGACGGAGGCUCUGAAGGACAUCGAGAGGAAAUGGGCAGCGGAUAAUGAGAAGAUUCACAAUGAGUACCUCCAGUCGACCCGUCAGGAUGGUGGAGGCGCGUUGAGCGGCUGGUUGGAAGCGCAGAAGGUUAAGGAAAAGGAGACGGAAGAUCAGCUGCGUAAAAUGAAGGACAAACUUCAUGCUGAUUUGGAAACUCUGAAGAGAGACACCAUUGUGAACAAUGCUAAUGCUGGUAUAUCCUUCCUGGAGAUGGGCGCUACCAAAGACGAUCAUGUGAUGCAGUUGUUGAGUGAUUUGAAGACGACGUUGGAGAAGGAGAAUGCUAAGACUAAGGCUGAGGAGGAGAGUAUUAAAGAGGAAGAAGAAUCUCUGGUCGCUGGUCAUCCCAGCUCCUUCCUAGAGCUCGGCAGAGCCCGCCGUCACAAGGUCGUCCUCCCGCCUGCUGCCGAGAGAGCCCUUUCGAAGGCCGAGGCUGAGUUAAGUCAGCUCCAAGCCGAGUUGAGUAGAGGCGCUGUUUAA